AUGUCUUUUAUUGGACCUUCUGCAGAUGCCGUUGCCAAAUGUCUUUUAUUGGACCCUCUGCAGAUAACGUUGCCAACUGUCUUUUAUUGGACUCCCUGCAGAUGGCAUUGCCAAAUGUCUUUUAUUGGACCCUCUGCAGAUGGUGUUGCCAAAUGUCUUUUAUUGGACCCUCUGCAGAUGGCGUUGACAACUAUACUUUAUUUAGCUCUUUCCAAAUUCCGAAGUAACUCUUUUAAUCUUCUUCUUCUCUUGUUUCUUCUUCUUCAUUUUUCAUUCUUCUUCAUUGCUUUUCCAACUUUGAGUUCUUUUUCUGUUCUUCAUCUUUAUGUAUUUUUCUUUUCUUGUAUCUAUUUCUUCUUUCUAUCUUUUAACGCUUUUUAUUUCUUCUUUCCUUUUCUUAACAUUUUCCUCUUUUUAUUUUUUUGUCACUUUUUUAAAGUGUUUCUUUCAGCCCUGCAAAUAAUAUCUUUCCUCCCAUUUUUCUUUUUUUUUUCUUCUUCUCUUUACUUUCUCCUUUUUCUAAAGCUUUCUAAUUCCAACCUUCUAUUUUAUCUUAUUUUUCCUUUUUGUGCUUUUAUCACUUUCUUCUCUUCUUCUUCUUCCUUUCCACCUUUUAUCUUCCUUUUUUAUCUUCCCUCAUCCUUUGACAAUCUUCUAUUCCUUACCCUAACCCCCAUAUCCUCGAAUGCAGCCAAAGAAGCUGCAAAUAUAAUGGCUAAUUCAUUGCCUCCAGCUACCAAAUCAUUCAUAUGCCAAUGUCUUAUAGUGUUACACACGUCUCUUUUCCACAAGGAACACAGACUUAAAAAUGCUUUGUUGUUUUUUUAUCAGGUGUAA